CUAUUUUAUUUGCAACUGAGAAAAUUCUCAUAAACACCUCCUCUUUUAAAAUGCAAUUCAUUGUAAGGAAAUGGUUAUUAAAACUUCAUAAACUAAUUUAAACUUUUUAACACCUAUAAAUAUCUAUAGUCAAUAAAUUCCUUUUAAAAACUAUAAAAACAUGAAAAACUUUUCCAAGAAAAUUAGUUAAAUUAAAAUUAAAAACCGUUACACUUAAAGGUCGAAGAAAAUGGUUCAACAUUUGCGCACUUAUGAGGAUUUUAUGAAAAUUCCUGCAAUUUUCUAUAAAACUAUUGGUGAAGAUAUUUUCGAUUAUCGUUCGUCUAAUCGCCGUUUGAGUCUGAUGUUUAAGUGUUUACUUUAUGCCGGUUUUAUAAAUUUCAAUCUGUUAGUGUUGGGCGAAAUAAUAUUUUUCUAUCAGGCCGUUCAGUCCAAGGAUACCGUUUUAGGUGCUAUAGCAGUGGCACCCUGUAUUGGAUUCUCUUUGGUGGCCGACUUUAAACAAUUAGCUUUAGUGCUUAAUAAAAAAAUUGUCCAGAAACAUUUCGAUCAAAUGGAAAGUAUUUUUCCAAAUACCAUCAAACAGCAGGAGCGCAAUCGUUUGCAUUAUCAUGAACGCAUUAUGCAUCGUGUUAUGAUUAUAUUUUCCAUCUUGUGCCUGGCCUAUACUUCAACGUUCAGUUUGUAUCCUGCCUGUAAGUCGUUUGUUCAGUAUUACUUUCUAGGCGCCGAGAAAUUUGAGCGCAGAUUUGGCUUUUUAAUUUGGUAUCCCUACGAUUCGACUGGUAAAACUUGGGUCUAUUGGUUAACCUAUAUGGGCCAGGUUCAUGGCGCAUAUUUGGCUGGUGUGGCAUUUUUAUCGGCUGAUUUAUUACUGGUUACUUCUGUGACACAAUUAAAUAUGCAUUUUGAUUAUUUGUCCAAUGAAUUGACGCAAUAUGAACCGGAUGUUAAGCAUGAGAAAGCGGAUUUGGAGUUUCUGAGUCGUAUUAUUAAACAUCAUAUAAACUGUUUGGAACUUAGUGAGCAUGUCGACAACAUCUUUAGUUUUUCACUGCUGCUCAACUUUUUGAUGGCAUCAUUGACCAUUUGUUUUAUUGGGUUCCAAGUGACCACCUCAAGUCUGGAAGUUAUUAUAAUGUAUUGCAUCUUUCUGUUGGCAUCCAUGUUGCAAGUGUUUAUAGUUUGUUUCUAUGGUGAUGAACUAAUGACGGCGAGCUUAAAAGUUGGCGAUGCUGCCUACAAUCAAAACUGGUUUAAUGCCAGCAUUAAAUAUAAAAAAAUGUUGCUGUUAAUAAUACGCCGAAGUCAAAGACCCUCAUGUAUAACACCUCCCACUUUUUCGGCCGUGUCUUUUGAAUCGUAUAUGAAGGUCAUUAGCAUGUCUUAUAGAUUUUUCGCAUUGUUGAGGACUACCUAUUAUGAUGAUUAGAAGACUGUUGAGUAAAAUUUAAAAAAAAAAUUGAUAAACUAAUGACUAAAUUAUUGAUAAAACUGCUUUAAAGUAGAGAAAUUAUCGGAAAGUGUCUCAAUAAAGAAACAUCAUCAAAAAUUGAUCAUAUAUUAAAAAAAUUAAUAAAGAAUUUAUCUAUUUAUCUAUAUUAUU